CGUUUUGCCGUUUUCCUGGGUUUCUCGGUUUGGACACACGGGGUACUAAAAGUGUUAGACAGCUACAUGCAUUGUCCGUUUCCAUCUUCUUUUCGGUUGCAUUAUCGGGCGAAUGUUUCACUUUCUUUUCUUUUCCUUUCAGCCUUCUCAUAACAAGACAUGUGUCAUUCUUGUCUUGGCUAUGCUAUCUUCAUCUUUUUCCCACCAUUGCAUGCAUCAGCGGGUUUCCAUUCUUGUUUUAUCAUAUCUUUUUCUUCUUUUUCUUUCAUCUUGGGAGAUGAUUUCUUCAACUUUCCGGUCCUGGUUGACCGCAUUUUCUAUUCUACUUUCGUCUGACUCCUGUCUGACUUGUGUCCGCUUGUUCGUGUUUUCACUUAUUAUUAUAUUUAGCCCUCGAUUUGUAUGUAGAUACCCUUAGGUAGGCUUGGGUCUUUUGUUGUUGUUGUUGCUGUCGUUGGUGUCGUCCGUCUUGCUGGUUAGAAAGAAGGGCUGACUGGCUGACUGGCUGACUUGUUUGAUUACUUACUUAGUACAUAGUGAGGGAUUUAUAUUGAAUCUGUU